AUGCUAAAAGAAGUCACCAUCAAGGGUAGGUUGAUAGACGCUGAAUCUAGAUGUGUUCAUUGGAAUUCAAGAUUGGACAUCAUUGCGUUAAAGCUUAAGUGUUGUGAAUCGUUUUAUGCUUGCUACUCCUGUCACCAGGAACUAACUCAUAAAGAUCAUGCUACACACAAGUAUAACAUAAAUAAGUCACCUAUGGAACAUGUGAUUUUAUGUGGUGUAUGUAAAAAUACGAUGACCUUCCAGAAGUACACCUCUAGAUCGUUUGGAGAGGCUGAUCAAGAAGGUAUUUCAACCCAAAAUCAGCCUUUUUGUUGCCCCUUUUGUAACUCACCGUUCAACCCAGGAUGUAAAUUACAUUACGAUCUUUAUUUUGAUUUUGAUCACCGUGAUCACCGUGAUUGCGAGAACUAA